CCUCCAUUGAACGCACAACUAUUUCUCCUCCUUCGAAGACUCAUAUCCGAGAUACUACAAUAGUCAUGGCAGAAACUGUUUGCACUGUGAAUGGAUGCUAUGGAGUUUGGCUUGUGGUCAAUUAUAACCUCGGAUUCACUUCGGGCGGAUUUGCCAUUUGGAGUCUCGUGAACCAGGCAACUGGCGAGACAAGGACUGCACCAGAAAACGAAUGUAAUAUCAUCCGAUAAGGCAGCACUUCGACUCGAUUCUAAAGAUGACCUGUUGAGUGUUGUCCAUUUAACGAAGGGGCUAUGAUUGUCGCUGGGCAAGGGAAUUGUGGUGUCAGAUAUGCCGGACGGUAUGUUAGGGACUGGGGAAAGGGUGAGUGGUAUGCGAAAGGGCAAGAUAUAAGGAUUCUUAAUUCCAGGUUAUCUACCUAGCUACAUCUAAGUUCUUGUACUGAAAUCUGAUAACAUGGUUCUUUGAUUGG